GGCUAGGCAGGGGUUGGAUUUUUAUGGCUAGUAAAGGACAUUGGUUUUCCUGCCAUUGCUCAUUCAAGCUAGGUCCAAUGAGGUCAGUACCUCGAAUCACCCAGCUAACCAAGAAGUAUAUCCGACCACCACAACUCAUCAUCAUUCCAUCAAGCACAAUCCUUAUCAAGCUCUCAUGUCUCUGCGUAAACUAUCUUCCAAUUCCACAAGGGUUGUCCCCACAAUGCGGUUCAUCAAUCCAAUUGCCCCAGCAAACGCAUUUCUUAUUGCAUGUCUGAACGCAUCUGCUGCCAUCUCCAUGGAUCUCGAUUGGCGUGGCGAGGAUAGGUGUGAGGAAGAGGGCGAAGGUGAGAAGGGUGCUGGAGGGUUGCAUCGCGAGUACAGGUAGAGUCAAGUUACUAAACUUGGGAGAGUGGUGGAGUGAUAAAUAUUGCUGAGACUUUGAUAUGACUUGUUGGAAGAAGAGUAUUAUGGAUGGAGAGGAUGUCUUUAUAUGAGAAGAUUGGAAUUUAG